CCGACAGUCACUCCACGGCGCCAUGCGGACGGUCCGGCUGCUGGCGGCGCUGCUGGCGCUAGCCUGCGCGCGGGCCAACGACGACUGGGACGAGGAGGAGGAGCACCACAGCGAGCACCAUCACAGCCACAUCGACCUGGACCACGAGGUCACCGAUGACUUCUUCCAGACGGUCGGCAACGACGAAGAACAUCUGAAAGAGCACCUGGGGGACGAGUUCACCGACGAGAAGAAAAAGGAGAUGACCCACGAGGAGGAGAGAUACCAGUUCUUCCGGGUACACGACACGAACCAGGACGGCGCGCUGGACGGGCUCGAGCUGAUGAAGUCGCUGCUGCACGUGAACCCGUACCAGGUGACGACCGUGCCGGUCGACGCCUCCGCCGAGCAGGAGCGGCAAGCGGCCCUGGCCGACGACAACCACAACAACAAACUGCUGCAGGCUAUCGCCGGGAUCAUCGACUCAACGCUGAACAAGUACGACUGGAACACCGACGGUUCGCUGGACUACACCGAGUACAUAUCUGGAGCCGUGAACAUGUUCAGCGCGCCGGCCGAAGAGGCUCACCCUACCGCAGCAGCCGGCCCACUGACCUGUUGACCUGCGACGGGGGAUCAGGUCACCGAACGCGAGUUGGGGUCAGCGGUGCUGUUUGGGUCAGGUCAAGGUGUUGUUCACAGGCAGGCAGGUAUUUCGAGACAUCUAGCAGAGGAUGCGAUGGGUCGUUUGAUGGCGCAGAUGGGAAGUUGAGUGUUUGCAGUACGUCACGUACAGAUGGAGAGCACACUCAAAGGGACUGCGUCCCAAUAAUCGCGCUAUACAUCCGAUCCCGGAGACCCUAUUGCUAAUCAUCUGAAAACAAUGGCCCAGCGUACAUGCGGGGGCUUGCAGGCGAAACUAAGCCAAGCAUUCCUCUCUGGCUGGGGUCAGUCCCACUUUCCGAUCCAAGAACACACCGCAGAUGCUUUGUAAAUAAAUACGGAACGAACAAUGUCAUGCGUACAAUCUGGU